CCAUUCGUACGUCUCGCAGGGGUGCACGCACUGACUCGUAGUAUUGCGUGACUAAAUUAAACGCGACGGUAAUUCCACUCACUUUUAUUCAGAUUUUCUAAGUACGUUUCCCACUGGUAUAAACGCCAAGAAUGACCACCACGGAAAAUGGCGACUGUGAAGUAGAUGGAAGACGAAAGUCAGAAAUUAUCAAAUGCACGAUAUUCCUCGUCUCCAAUCUCCAUCCACACCUUUGAGGGGUCAUGGCAACUGAAAUGUCAUGUCUGUCUGGUGUCGAUGGAGAUGACAAAGAUGCAGAUCCUGACAUCGCUGCCCUCAUCCUUCUGCAAGACUCUGUGAAAAUGACAGAAGACUCAACCGCUUGCAAUGAAUCUUUUUUCACACCUUCCCGCAAGCAGUCCGGUGUCCUGGAUGUUCUGUCCAACGCUGAGAUGUUGUCUCCAGUCGGCUUGGGAAAUGGACUGUCUUUCCACGAGGCGACUCAGGACGAUGAGUUCCACAGCGUGACCAUGGAGAAAGAGGAGGAAAAAAGCAUCACCCAGUUAAAAACCGUGCAUGAAAUUGACACUGCUGGAAUUUGGGGCUUCGAUCGAGAAUCACCUGAGGAAUCCUCUGUUGACUUGAGUAGUAGCAGUGAGCUCAAGUGGGACCCUAGUCGAGAGCUCGUGCACUUUGUGUGGGAGAAUCACGACCAUGAUUCCUCUGGUGACAAGCCGAAAAAGGAAGUGCAUCCUCUCAAUAGCCAGAGCAGAAGAAAACGGAAAAUGGAUCUGGUGACCAUGGCGGAUCCCUCAGAGGACCCUUGCCCUGGUUUGACUCACAAGUUAUCCGAGAAUUUUUCCGACAAAGGCCACGUGGACUCCAUUUCUCUGAACGUCCGACAGUCGAGGACUUUCUCCAAGCUGCACGCAUCCCAGGCGGAGAAUGUUCCCAGUUAUCCCAAUGGAGCCAUGAAAGCUAUCAAGCAAGUUCUCUGCGGCGCAACUGGGAGACAUUCCCAAGAGGACAACCCGAGUCGUGACCUUUCGACCUCGAAGGGGGCGCUCACGCUUAAUUCCCAUUCUGAAGAGAAAGCGUCAUGUUAUUCCUGCUCAAAAUGUCAGCUCACUUUCCAGAGGCGCUCUCAUUUGCAACGCCAUCUGAAAAGUCACGACGACCCGCCAAAUCAUUUGCCAAAGACGUUUAUCUGCCGAGAAUGCGGAGAGUCUUUCAGUCAAAGUACCGUACUCAUCGAGCACGUCAACAUGCACCAUGAAAAACGAUCGGCGCUACCCGACAACCUGAGAGAAUGGACGGAGGACGAUGCAAAGCUUUUCUGCCCUCAGUGCUCGUUCAGAACGAGCUGCCCCAACGCGUUCGUUCAGCAUGCAAAAACCCACGCGAAAGAAAAGAAAAACUUUAAAUGCGACAAAUGCAACUUCAGGGCGGUGAGUUGGCACGAUCUCCGGGGUCACAUCAUCCUGCACUCGCAACAAGCGGUUCGAAAGCAAACCCGGUCCAAUCAAUACGAUAUCUUCUCUUGUAACAUUUGUCCUUACAAAGCUUUGAGCAAAACCAUUUUUAAAAAUCACCUCUGGCGCCGCCACCAGCUGGAUUUGAAGGAAUACGAAAUCGAGCAGUUUGGAAACAUAAGCGAGCGACCGGCCGGAGAGCGUCGCCUUCCUCCUUACGCGGCCGUAGAAGACGCGGAGUUGACGUCGGAAAUCAUGAUCAAGGGUCAGGUCUCGUCCAAACGAGCUUCACCCGCACAGUCAAACGACAUUUCAGAUUUAUUCCAAAGUCAUGAGAUCAAGAGAGGUUUCAAGUCCCAACUCACUCAAUCCAAAUUGGACAAAUCCAUUAACGUUUUGCUCUCUCGACAAAAGCGCGUUCAGAAUAGCGCCGAACAGAGGAAGUCUGCUCACGAUACAACCAAUGGGAAGAAAGAUUACGAACAGGUAACACCCGAUCGGGAAGACGUGAUUUUUCCUCCAAACGGCCUCUCGGGGUCCUCCUACGAGGCCGACAGAGUUCCGAACAGAAACAGUUUGCCCAAGCGCACCCCAUAUCAAUCGCCCGUUAAGAAGUCUCCAUCCAAAAGAAAGAUGUCCACACCGUACCGCAACACCUCUGACCAAGAGUCAUGCUUCGUCUCGCCAAAACCUUUGCCGAGCCCGACGGGGCUAAACCAAGGAGACCCGCAAGAAGACAAAAAAGACAUUCCCCAUGUUAAAGAAGAAGACGAUCUUGAAAAGGGUGUCCGUCAAGAAGAUCACAACGUCAUCUAUACGUACAGCAGACGAAUGUCAAUACGUGGUGCCCUGCAGGCAUCGAAGCGGCUCUUUGAGAAAGUGAAGAAUGAGGAGCGGGACGCGAGCGAGCCGACGAUAAAGGAAGAAUGCGUUGAAACCGAAGUAUUCCAAGAAACCUUUGAUUCGCGCCCGAUGCCGUCGGUUGAGUCCUGUGCGGGUGAAAUGCCAAAGUUGGACUCGGACUGCAAGAACUGUCCGUACUGCCCGGCCGUCUUCCAGUCGGGAGUGGGCUUGUCCAAUCACGUGAGAGGACAUCUUCAUCGAGUCGGACUGACCUACACGGCGCGCCACGUUCUGACUCCCGAGAAAGUGGCUUGUGAAGACAGGCCGAAAAUUCGACGGAAGAUUACGGCGUUCCGGAAAAUGAAAAAAGUGUUGCAGUUGCCGCCCGAUUCCGAGGAGACCGAGACCGAUAUCCACUCCUGUCCGUUAUGUGGGGACAUAUUUGACAAUAGGAAAGGACAGUCCAACCACAUACGCGGUCACCUCAAAAAGAUCGGCCGAGCCCAUUUGUCAAAGAACAAGUCCCCAUUAAUUGUACUCAAGGAAUUGAUGCGCAACAAGAAGGAGUACUCGAGGGCCGUCGACAUUCUAGGAAAGAGACGGAAUCAUUUCCAUUACGGAGCUAAUCAUUUCACGCCAUCCGCUUUUGGAUUCCCCCAAGAUGACUCCGACUCAAGCGCCGACGUGAAACCACUCAUGCCUCCAUUUUCAGUUUGGGAAACGGACUCUGACAGAAAGCAACCACUGACAAAGGUCGAGGAAGAGGAUAUACUCACGGACACGAGCGCGUUAAUAGGAAUUCUGAAGAAGAGAAAGUGCCAGGAAGACAGCAAACCCAAGUCAGCGGUGCCCAUAUCAAGGUACUCGGUUGCCGUCUCCUCCAAUGCUGAACAAAGUUCAGGACCGAGAGUCGCGUCUUCGCUGCCGAUGGCGAUAUCAGAGAAAGGGGAAUUCAACCGCAAGGUGUGCGUCCACUGCAAAGCAACUUUCCACAGUGGCGUCAGCCUGUCGAACCACCUGCGGGCGUGCGUCAAACGGAAAAGAAUCGCCUUGCUCGAGGGAAGCGAGUUUGACUGUAAAACGAGGAGGCAGCGUUUAAGGCCCAGCUCAAAGAAGAAGGUGCUUCCGUUCACGCAAACUCCGGAGGAAACCUACCGACUCACAUGCAGGUUCUGCGACCUGGUCUUCCAGGGUCCCCUGUCUGUCCAAGAGGACUGGGUCAAGCAUUUACAGAGACACAUAAUGAACACCGGUGUUCCCCACACUGGGCUGGCCAUGGUGGAGGUCACUUCGCUACCCGCCACCGACUUGGCGUCAUGCGUCAAGACGGACCCGGAGAGCUCGCACCCGAUCGCCGCACAUGAUGCCUCCUAAAGACAACAGGCACCUUUUUUGGGGGGGGUGGGGGUAAGGGGGGGUAGAUUUUCACUAGACCGUAUGUGUAUGUACAUUUUUCACUUUUUUUAGUCAAACAAGUACUUGCCAAAAGUACACUUGUCUUUAAGAACGUCACUUAACGCCAAUUAUUUUGGAUCUUGCCCUUUUCUGUUUUCUCUUCCACCAUUUUGGAGUACACUUCCAAAACGGGACAGUUUUGUUUCAUGCAGUGCGUGUCUUUUCAAGACAACUUUUACCUCAAUCUUUUUUCAACAUUUGAGAGCACCUCUACUGUAUCAAUUUAUAAAAUAUGAAGAGAAAAAAAAAAGCGUUGUUUUCUACUCCAACCUUAAAAAUCCAGCGUCACUUUUUUAUGGAACGGAAUUUGAGUAUUUCAACAAUCUGGAAAUUCUAAAGUGACAGGAAGAAAAUGCUUUAUUUUUUAUUUUUUUAAAAAGUACUUCAGUUACUGUUUCUAAUUGAACCAAGUUAAAAUUUCUUAAGGAACAUCCAGUUGCUGUUCACACACAUGACACAUCGUUGAUGAUAUUUAGUGAUGAAACAGUUUUUAAAUAAUUUAAUUUUCAAAUGUACUAUAUCACAAAUACAAGGUUUAAAACAGUUGUGUUCUAAAUAAAAAAAAUGCACAAGUGGA